AUGAGCAUGUCGGACGUGAGCACGGUCAAUAUCACCGUAGGCGCCGCCGGCAAGGUCGGCGAGGGCGUCAACUCGUACUACGUAUACAAGGUCUCGUCCGGUGCAGACGUGGUAGUAGAGCGCCGCUACUCGGACUUCCUGUGGCUCCACCACCAGCUGUCCAAGCAGUGCGCGGGCUACGUGAUCCCGCCGCUGCCGGCCAAGGUCGUGGGUCUGCUGCAAGGGUCCGAGUUCCUCGAACACCGCCGCGCUGGCCUUGAGCGUUUCCUACGCAAGGUCGUCCACCACGACGAGCUGAGGAACUCUAACUUCUUCCGCAGCUUCCUCGAGUGCUCCAUCGUGGAGCUGACGGCGCUCAAGGCCGAGGCGCAGCGCUCCAACUCUCUCGACGCCACGUCCAUGGCCUCGGUAGUGCAGCGCACGCAGCAGCUCAACAACUGGUGGGGCAAGACGUACCAGCGCAUGGUGGAGAACGACACACUCAACCUCUUCGGGCCGCGCAACAAGGAGGACGGCGAGAACAGCGGCAUCAUCGAGGACCCCGAGUUCACCAAGGUCGCCAAGUACGUGGCCAAGCUGCACGCGCAGAUCCAGUCGCUUAAGAGCAAGUGA